AAGAACUCAUUUACCCACGUCGCCUUGCGCAUGCGGAAGUGCGUCACUGCCGUGACCUUGGUUUUCUUCUUCGCUUGGUUUGUUCGCGGCGCAGGAGACAAGCAUGGCGAAUAAAGAGCCUGGUGGUUUCCUGCAGCAGCUGCGGCAGAUCGCAGGCAGGAUGUCAUCUGGACCUCGAGGAGCCGGGCUCGGUAUCAAGCUGCUGAUCGGUGCCGGAGCUCUGGCCUAUGGAGUGAAGGAAGCCACAUACACAGUUGAAGGAGGCCAUAGAGCGAUCAUCUUUAACAGGAUCGGGGGGCUGCAGAUGGACAUGGUUCUGGCUGAGGGGCUCCACUUCAGGGUGCCCUGGUUCCAGUAUCCCAUCAUCUAUGACAUACGAGCCAGACCCAGAAAGAUCUCCUCACUCACAGGAAGCAAAGACCUUCAGAUGGUGAGCGUCACGUUGCGAGUUCUGUCCCGGCCGUUCGCAUCCAACCUGCCCCUCCUGUACCAGCGUCUGGGACAAGACUACGACGAGCGUGUGCUGCCCUCCAUCGUCAACGAGGUGCUGAAGAGUGUGGUGGCCAAGUUCAACGCCUCACAGCUCAUCACGCAGAGAGCGCAGGUGUCUCUGCUGAUCCGCAGAGAGCUGUUUGAGCGGGCCAAAGACUUCAACAUCAUCCUGGACGACGUGGCCAUCACCGAGCUCAGCUUCAGCCACGAGUACACGGCGGCCGUGGAGGCCAAGCAAGUUGCCCAGCAGGAGGCGCAGCGAGCUCAGUUCUACGUGGAGAAAGCCAAACAGGACCAGAGGCAGAAGAUCAUCCAGGCUGAAGGAGAAGCUCAGGCUGCCAAGAUGCUGGGCGAGGCCGUGACCAAGAACCCAGGCUACCUGAAGCUCAGGAAGAUCCGGGCGGCGCAGAACAUCGCCAAGACGGUGGCGCAGUCCCAGAACAAGGUGUACCUGAACGCAGACAGCCUGGUUCUGAACCUGCAGGACAAAGACAGCUUCAAUUUGUCGUUGUCAAAGUGAGAGCUGGUCUUUGCUUCGUCAUUCCUCCAAGCGGCUCCGGCCUCUUCUCACCUCGACUCAUCAGGUGUUCAGCAGUGGAUCCGUCCCAGCAUCGGUCUUAUCUAGUUAAACUGGACCUGGUUCAGUACAACUAAACAGCAUGCAUUUAAUUUAUCACUUAAGUUAAACAUGAUUCCUCACAAAAACCCGGCAGCUGUGGGAAAAAUAACUAGAACCAACACCAGAAUCUUUAAAGGGUCCAUUCAGUGAAAUCAGAUGAAGCCAACGUUUUCACUGACGAAGAGAAGAGUCGACUGGUAUUUACUGCUUUGAUUUGAUGCCACUUGUUGUGAAGUAGAUCAGGUUUACACAUCAUCCGAUAAAGUAACUUACUGCAGUCGAGGAACAGUUUGUGUUAUUGUUCAUGAUGAUAAACGCUACCGACUGUUUAAGUAAAUGAGUUUGUUGUAAAA